AUGUCCGUUGGAGAGAAACCCGUCAUGAAAGUUGAUGACCUGUAUAUUGUCCUUCAUCACCAUUGGACAAAGGACACAACGCCGUAUCCUGAUGGUCGGCAAAUCAUCCAGCUCGCCUUCCUUCUCUUAGUGUCGGCUUAUACGGCAAGCCGGCCAGGGGCUCUAGUUGACGUCGAAAAGAAUGAGCGAACCAACGUUCAACACUUCUUUGACAACGCGGACGAUGGCAGAGAAGCUGAAGCUGAAGAUUGGGACCUCAGAAAUGAGGAUCUUAAAACUCUUUGUUAUGGCCAGAUCAGCUUGAUUUUGUUACUAAAUCCUGGCGGCAUCCGUGAUCACCUUGUCAUGGAAGUCGACUUAAAGCAUACAAAGGGUCAUCAUAUCAGACCAAAAAGGAAAAUAUAUUUGAUGUCCGGGGUGAAGGAGCCAAUAUUCGAUGUCAUACUUCUUGUGCUUGCAAUGGCUAUUCUUGACGAUGCAUUCGUAUCGGACAUACGUUCCAUUCAGGAUACCUUCAGCACCCGUGUUCGCUAUCCGCGCCGCUCCCUGAAGAUGCGUUUCAAACCAGACAAACUCAACGUGCCUAUCUGUCGGCAACCUAUUUCAAGCGCCUCCGGGAUGAGCACUGAUGGCAUGAAGCCUCCCAAGUACCACACGUAUCUAUAUUUUCUCCAGCGGCUGAGUUUGGCAGUUGGUAUGAUUCGGGCAAUGAGACCUUACGACCUCCGGCGAGGUACAGGCGAGGCUGUCGAUAAAACUGCAUCGCUUCCCUUGCUCCAACAAGUGAUGGGUCAUGUCUAUGCCAGCACGUUCCAGAAAUACAUGGACGAACGUGUCCAGACCCAUGUUCAGGCCGCAUUUCUUGGGAUACCUUCUGAGGAUGCGUUAAUGAACAUUCUGAGCCACCAGAGUCGCUACAUUGACCCUCGAGCCCCGUCCACAUAUGACGACUUGCCUGAGAGUAUGGUAGCGUCUCUAUCAAAUCAUCCUGAGAUAGUACGACUCCAGCAAAUGCGUGAUUCCCUCGCCGUGGAAGCCAGAGCACUAUCAACGGCAGAAAUUGACUGGCUGAAAACCAUUCGCCGAAUGCCUUCGUCGGAGCGUCGCAUGAGACCUAUCCAGUUAUACCGCGCAACAUGGGUGUCCGACUCGCUUACCGAAUACGUUGAAAAAACUGGGCGGGCUCUGAACCAGCUAGUCCUGUUGGAGAAAUAG